AUGCCUACGCUGGGGGACACAAAACCAACAGACGAGACAGACUCCAGCACCCUAGCCGCCAGCGAAGACGGUUCUGUUGCCGAGAAGCAGGGGAAAUGGGCGGCAGCUCUCCGUGCCUUGAGCGACGAGGAUCGUCAGUUAUUUGAGAACCUACAUCUAGAUGCUCAGAAGCCUGCUUUGAGUGUGCUGCAAGAUGUCCUCGCAGCAACUAAUGAGAAGAAGGAGGAAUGCGUGAAGAAGAGGAUCAAGGUGAAGAUCAAGGGCCGAGAGAUUGUCAUUCGUGAUGUGCUCGACAAGAUUUCUGCUUGGGUUACAAAGUUCAUUAGUAUAGGUGAUGUUAUCGUUCAGUACGACCCUGCACAUGCGGCGCUGCCCUGGGCUGCGGUGCGCUUCGUGCUGCAGAUAUCCGUCAACGAUUUCGAAAUGUUUGACUUUGCACUAUCAUCCAUAGAACGUUUGGUGAACUACAUCACCAUCUCCAGUAUAUUUGAAGUACAAUAUCUCCAGCCCAAGCAUCACCACCUCAAGGCUUACCCUCAGCUUUCUGAGGCAGUGGAGAGUCUCUACGCAAAUGUUCUAAAGUUCCUUGGAUACUUGCUACGCUACUUUGGCUCCAGUACCAUUGCGCGGCAUCUCAAGAGCAUAGUCGUAUCGAAAAAUGACAUAGAAUCCAAAUUUCAGCCCAUUGAAGCCGCACGGCUUAGGGUGGACGAGUUAUCACGCUUGAUGGCCGCGGAAUAUACUGAAGAAGAGUUUCAAGUCCUACAAGACAAGCUAGAAGAACUCUACAGACCCAUCGCAAGAACGGCUGACCACUUGGAAGCCAUCAACGACGGCUUAGAACGAGAUACUCGCGUGCGCAUACUCAAAGCGAUUUCUACGAUUCCAUAUCCUGUUCACCACAAAACCGCAAGAAAAGGCCGCUUGGAAGGAUCAGGUGCAUGGCUGCUUCGCAGCAAGGCAUUUCUGGACUGGAGGUCAGAGAGCAUAUCUUCAGUACUAUGGCUUCAUGGCAUACCUGGCUCAGGAAAGACAAAACUGGCUUCACUGGUUGUGGACGAACUUGUGCAAACGAACAAGGUUGCCUACUUUUAUUGCAUUCGAAACCCUGCUGAGCCACACCGAGGUCAAUGUGACAAGGUCAUGGCAAGCAUUGUCCGGCAAUUGGCAAGUGUCAAACCUGGUCAGCCUAUACUCGACCCCGUCAUCGAGCAAUAUCGCGAAGCGAUAGAUGGGUUUUCUGAGUUUGAAGAUCAGGCCUGGUCUAUUGAAGAGUCUGAAAGGGUGAUGCUAGAGCUUCUGGCAGAAUACCCCGCCGUCACCAUCAUUCUCGAUGCAUUGGAUGAAGUCAAUUACGAAGAAAGACAGACGCUUAUGGAUGUAUUGUCAAGAUUGAUUCAAAAGUCUCCAAAUCUGCUCAAAAUCUUCAUAUCGAGCAGAGAUAACUAUGAUAUCGUCUUGCACCUGGCGGAAUCGCCUAAUAUCUACAUUGAUGCUGAUGAGAAUGCUGAGGAUAUUGCUUCCUUCAUUAACGACCGCCUUGACAAUGCACGGCUCUUGCAUGGAAAACUGCCGAUCGAACUCCGUGACACUAUUGCUCAAACCCUGAAGACCGGUGCUCGAGGCAUGUUUCGCUGGGUUGAGCUCCAGAUUCAGUCCUUGGUGCCACUUAAAGUCGCGGCGGACAUCCGUGAUCGAUUGGGAAAACUGCCACCCACUCUUGAAGGUUCUUAUUGGGAGCUCUACAACACGAUUUUAGAAUCAGGCAAACACGCAUCGAAGCUAGCCAUAUUCACGUUUCAGUGGCUUUUAUAUGCGCAGAAAGUCAUUACAAAAGAGAACUUUGCCACCAUCGCAUCGGCGUCUUUUCAGAUUGAAGAGCAGGAUGGAGAAAUAAUGGACUCGGGUUCCCCAGAGGCUAUCACAACGGGUGAGAUCCUUGAUGUCUGUGCCAAUCUCGUUGUUCUGCGCAACGAGGUGUUCGUGCUGGCUCACUUAUCCGUACGAGAAUUCUUGGAAGGUCUUACUACGCGGAAUGUUGAUACCAUGAUGGCAACGAGGGGCAACGCUGCUAUUGCUGCUGCGUGCCUUCGACUUUUUUUGUCGAGUGUCGAGUCCGCAUACGGCGAGCUUCAACAGCCUGCUGUGGCAGACUCUGCACGAGACACCAAGCUGGCACAGACGUCAAUUCAAGAGGUGACAGACACGCCUACCGAAGCAAAUGAGCUAUCCCAGUCCGGCCAUGCUGCCAAGUCCGCCACAGCAGAAGCAGAUUCGAAGGCAAAUGGCAACAAUUCCAUCGAUGAUUCCUCUGUACCUGAAGCUGAAGACAACAAAACUGACCCAUCUUCCGAUACUUCCAAUAACGAUACAAUUAGGAUUAGGAUUCAAGACCAGAAAGUGGAAACUGAGCCGAUCCAAGUCAAGAUCGCUACUAAACUGCUCGGUGGCCAAAAUCCGCACGCAUUAAUCUACUCGUGCGUCCAUUGGGUCGAACACGUUGCGGCAUCAGCGGAGUUAAGAACCAGGCAUCCUCUAGCAUCACUACUCACCGGAUUUCUCGUAAAUGCCAAGGACUCUGAAAACGUGACGAUGUCCUUUCAGGUCUGGCACGCAAUGGCAGCUAAUUUGAAGGACCGCAGCCAAUUUCCAUUCCACGGCAAGCUCCAAGAAGCGGCAGACCAACCCAGCCCCAUCUGGGUGGCCUGCUUAUACAAUUGGCCGGAGCUGGUUCAACAAAUAUACCAACUCAAUUGGUAUGACGGCAUCAACAAGGAACGAUUAAUCGAAAGCAUCAAAGCCCCGAAGGAGUGGGACAUUGUGAGCGCACAUGGUUAUUAUCGAAAGAUGACGCCGCUGGUCUACGCAGCUGUGUCGGGUGACGUAAAACUGACAACGCUGAUUCUGGACAACACUGGAAAAGAUAUUAUAUGGGGAGAUUUGUCAAUAGGAACCCACCCACUCGUCGGUGCGGCCGCAUCUGGCGACAGUGAGAUGGUUUCCAUGUGGCUCGAGAGAGACCAUGAUGGGCUCGAAACCGAGGCCGACGCUUUACGUGCAGCAGCCGGAUCGGGGCGCAGGGAGACGAUGACUCUUCUACUAGAGCACAAUGCUGAGCUGAUACUAAGAGGGGGUUAUAAAGCGGUCAACUUUGCCUGUGCUAGAGGUCAAACGGAGGCAGUCGUCAUGCUUGUCGAAGCUGGAGCACCAACAGUGCGUGGUGCGAACUUCGUCGCGUCUGCCACGUACUACAGGCAUUACGACGUGGUCAAGUACUUGCUGGACAAACAGAUCGGGCUAUCAGGUCGCGCCCAGGCACUGAACCUGGCCGUAUCGCACGGCGACGACAAGGGAGCGGCUAUUCUUCGUGAAUAUGGGGCCAAGAGAGAACCUGCUGCCGUAAUUCGAGCCAUCAAAGCCGGGACUCGCACAUCUGCUAUUCGACUGAUUGAAGCUGGUUUUGAUGUCCAACGGCACUAUUUCAUCGAGCGGGAUACGCCGCUUCACGUUGCGGCUCAACGAGGAUAUACGGACCUGGUGAGCGCAUUGAUCAAAGCUGGAGCUUGCGUGAAUGCGAAGAAUCGAUCGGGACAGACGCCGCUUCAUGUUGCAGCAGCGCAAAAAGGGUCUUACGAUACCUGCAAGCUACUUCUCGAUGGGGGAGCGGAUACCUUGAUAGAAGAUCAGAAUGAACACGUGCCUCUGGAUAUCGCAGAACAGGGUUCUGAUGCGGUGGUCGAGAACCUGAUCAGAGGCAAGAUGGAAGACUUGUUCAAAGAGCUUCAAGAUUGGGAUAAGGCUCGCGGGCAGACCAUCGCCACAGAUGAAGGGUCCAAGGACCGGGAGCUUACUGUGAUUGGAAAAGACGGCCACGAAUUACAUACGUGCGAGUGA